CAGGAUCAGAUCAAGAGACUCUGCAGCAGACACAAACCUGCUGAGUCUGCAGAGCCAGACCCUCUGAGGACCAGAACCCAGACCCUCCAAACAGAGGACCAGAAUCGAGCCUCUCCAAACAGAGGACUACAACCGAGUCUCCAAACUGAGGACUAGAACCGAGCCUCUCCAACCUGGAUUCUCCCCACAGCUCGCCAUGCAUGCCGGGCUUUAGGGUCUCCAUGGAGCUGUCCCACCUGUACGAGGCCCCGCGGCCCCUAAUGAGCAGCCUUCCCCCCCACACACAGCAGCCCUACAGAGACCCGGAUGUUGGGGGGGGGGAGAUCGGAGACAGCGAGACCUCCAUCGACCUGAGCGCGUACAUCGACCCCUCCGCCUUCAACGACGACUUCCUGGCGGACCUGUUCCACCAGCAGGGUGGGGGGGGCCGGGGGUACAUGGAGCCCAAACCUGAUCCUCUGUACGAGCCGCGCCUGCGCCCCCCCCCUGCCAUCAAGCAGGAGCCGCGGGACGACGAGGCCCCCGGGUUUCCCCCCAGCUACCACCAGUACUCCCAGCUGCCCCCCCCGCAACAGCAGCACCACCUGCAGUACCAGAUCGCCCACUGCGCGCAAACCACCAUGCACCUGCAGCACCCGACGCCCCCCCCGACCCCGGUGCCCAGCCCGCACCACCCCCCCCACCACCACCACCACCACAUGAAGCUGAUGGAAGAGGGGGGGGGGCACAAGUCCAAGAAGCACGUGGAUAAAAGCAGUCCCGAGUACCGGCUGCGGCGCGAGCGCAACAACGUGGCGGUGCGGAAGAGCCGCGAUAAGGCGAAGAUCCGGAACAUCGAGACCCAGACCCGGGUCCUUGAGCUCAGCACCGACAACGACCGGCUGCGUAGGCGCGUUGAGCACCUGAGCCGCGAGCUGGACACUCUGAGGGGGAUCUUCAGACAGCUGCCCGACGGGGGAGGGGGCUUCAAGCCGCUGGGCAGCAGCUGAGAGACUGGAGGGGGGGGGGGG